AUGUUUUAUUUCCACAGGAACUCUCAAUCGGCAACACAACCAUCACUGGACGCGCUCCUUCAGACAAUCGACAGUAUUUCCUAUGAUAAGUCUUCAAUAUUUCUAUUCACAGAUGCCAUUCCUAAUACGAAUACAAGCAGCACAAACGUUAACAGCAUAAUUGUUGCUGCCAUCGAACGACAGCUUCAAAUCAACAUAAUCAUUACGGCUCCAUACCAGAUGAACGAUUUGUGCAUGCAGUCAUAUGAUGUUUCGUCCUAUACACAACUGGCGGUGAAGACGGGCGGGACGAUUGUGAACCUUUGUCAGCCGUACCUGAAUUCUUAUCCAAGGGACAUCAUUACAGAGUUCUUUACCGGUUAUGGAAUGACCCAUCAUCACGUGGAAACAUUGCAAGAGAUGGUUGUCAUGGAAUGCUCGGCGCUCAGUCAAGCGGCGUUCUUCGUUGACGAUCCAACCACGCAAGUGUACGCAUUCGUCAACAGUGAUGAAGUGGAGGCAUUCGAUGUUCACUUAAUAAAUAACGAUGGGGCCGCGGAACCGUACCAGCUGCCGUCUCUCGUACAAAUGCCAUUUUUUGGGAUAUACCAAGUAGUGCCUGCAGUUCAAAACACGGGAGGCUACACUCUGCAAGUGCAGGCCACGGAAAACUCAACAAGAGGUUACUGUAGUAUUAGAAUAGUCGAGAAAACACAACUGGCAGUGUAUCUUGGCUUCACGUCAGAUCCUUCGAAGGACAGUCCAUCGCUGACUCUCAACUACGGUGAGCGAUCCAUGGAAUUUUGCUGGUAA